UUUCGUUAUGACAGACUGAUACGGAGCCUGCUGGCUGUGUUGAUAGCCCUCAGUCAAGCAAAGCCAAAUACUAAGCUAAAUCCAGCGCCAAGUGGCUUGAAGACUGACUGCGUGGGUAACCUGAUGAGGCUCUCGCUGGAUAAAGCCCUGGCGAUAGGGAACCAACUAGAAGUGGAGGCUAUCAAUGGCACCCAACACAUUGUGCUAACACCUACCUUGGCUGCUCAGUGUGGCUACAGCAUGGAGUCUGACCCCUGGGGUAACACCAGAAUCUACACAUCACUGAUGGGCUGCCAUGUGGACAACAAAGACGACUCUACCUUUACCGUUGGCCUAAGACUGCGAAUGUACAGCACUAAACCAUCAGAUCUGGUCACCCAUAAUGUGAUGAAGACUUGCAGCUACACCCGCUGGGCCACCAGAGAGAUUCUUUGUGACAGAAACUACAUGGAAGUGUCGGCCUACAUGCCCCCACCAGUUCCAGAUAAAGGCGAUGAGAACUCGAAGAAUGUUGUCCCUAGUACCCCUAGUGCAGAGUAUGGCAUCUGGAAGAUGACUUUCUACACACCAGAGGCGGUCGUUUUGAUGAAGAGUGAGGCUGAACGAGCUGGAUGCCAAGCGAUGACCACCGCUAACCGUAUGGUUGUGAGAAGCCCCUACAAUACAGCGAAAACCUAUUCUGAGGAUGUGGCUGGUGUCCCAAUGGAGAUUCUCAAGGUUGGAGUCUACCACAAGUCACCUGAAGGUUUGACUGUAAUGAACAUGGCCGCUGCUUGCCCUACAGGUGGGGUCCUUUUCACUGAAGACGUGAUCUCUUGGCAUGUCCCUCGCCGUGUCACGCCACUUCUGGACGGGACGGUAAAGAUUCUAGAAAUGUACAUGGGCAUUAAUGGACAGCGCCUGGAUCGUCGUCAGAUGGCCACACGUGGCUACGCCUUGUCAGCAACAGACUUUCACAUUGUUUUAGAGAUCCCUGUGGGUUCUCCUGAUGGCUACAACAAGAGCCAUGCCCCAGAUUACCAGUACCACAUGACCUACACAGUGGAGCCUAUGCUUGAAGUGCUCUGGAGGUCUGAGAGAACUCAAGAAGAUACCAGAUACAAAAUUCUGUUCCCCAUCACCACACCUCUUAUGCCCAGGCAACCCCAGGUUGUUGACUAUACCAAUGCAGAGGAGAGGGUGUUCAACAUCCACAUAGGCACCUUUCUUGAUGAUGUUGAGUUGAAGAACAUCACAUUCUCCACCGGCACAUUUACUUUGGAAGCAUGCCACGCCAAGGGCUUCAUUAUACAAGAGCACAGAAAUCCUGGUGGCAUGAAGAGCUUCUCUUUAAAUGUUCCAUUUGCUGCUGCUGAAGUCCACAAACAUAAUCCUGAGCCCCUGGUAACAACAUACACCCUUCAACUAGUCUUUGGUUUCUUGGUCCAUCCUGAAGCAUCUCCUUUUGCUCACCCAGUAGAGUUGGUGGCAUCUCUGCAAGAUGUUGUUCUUCCCACCAUUCAAGGCACUUGUGAUCAGAAUCACUUCUACGUCGAAGUGAAAUUCGGAAGUCAAGGCAAAAAUUUCCAGACUCUGGUUGGGUAUCAGCCACUGACUCCUGAGCUAGCACAAGCCUUCAAAUUGCAAGAGAAUGACACCCACAUAAACUUUGUUGUUCCCUUCACUGUUAAAGAAGUUGCCUUUGAGCACAUAACCUCUGAUUCAAUCAGAGCCAGACUUGAUGUGAUGCUGUGGGAGCCAAACAACAAUUGGAUGCUUGCUGAUCUUUACUUGGCUUGCAACUUCCCUUUAAAGACUACUGUGUGCCAUCCAAAUGGAACCAUGAAUGCAUUAGCUGUCAAGGUGGAGUCUGUUCCCAACCUCACCCCCAAAUGGCUAACACUCAAGGAUAAGUCUUGUAAACCAGUCUUUAGUGAUGACCGAUUCGCCUACUUCUCCUUCAAUGUUGAUUCCUGUGGAACCUCUAGAACGUUCCUGGAAAACUACAUCAUGUACCAAAAUGAGAUUGGCCUGUAUUACAACAACAAAGCACCUUCCUAUACAUCACCUACUGAUCCUGAAUAUAGGCAAACGGUAUCCUGCUACUACAAAGUCAAUGCCACUCAGACGCUUACAUUUGGCUACAAGUCGCGCAGCACUUACCCCUCAGCAGAGAUUGGAUUGGGACAACUUGAUGUACAAAUGAGACUAGCUCAUGAUUCCUCCUAUUACUACUUCUACAAAGUUGAAGAUUACCCAGUAGUAAAACACCUCAGGGAACCUCUGUACUUUGAGGUAGAGCUGACUCGCUCCAACGAUCCUUCCCUGGAGCUCAUUUUGGAAAGCUGCUGGGCCACUGCUCAUGAAGAUGGAAAUACACUGCCUAGUUGGGACCUUAUUAUUGACACCUGCGAGAACAAAGAUGACGCCUACGUGACGCUCUUCCACCCUGUUGUAUCUGAUGCCCGGGUCAACAUCCCAUCUCACUUCAAGCGCUUCUCUAUUAAGAUGUUCACAUUUACAAAAGAGGAUGAGAUUCUGAAAGAUGAGAUCUACAUCCACUGCAACGCAAUGGUAUGUGACACAAAUGGUGACUCGGAAGGCUUGUGCAGAGGUCAAUGUCCACGUCGCAGUCAUGGGAUUACUGGAUUUCAUGGAAACAAAGGAUUCAAAAGGGCACGAAGAAGCACCAACUCAACCCUGCAAAGGCGCAUCUCAUCUGGACCAAUUCAUCUCUUUAAAUCUGAAUAA